AUGACAAGACAGGACUUGAACCAGUCACAGCUGGGCAGUUUCAAAUUUACGCCAGUCGACAACCUCGGUGAAAUUCCCGACAACCCGGAACCCUCAAAAUUCCUGCAAGAUCAGCUGGCUGAGAGCUUUGCUCGUGCCUUGGCCCACGAUGCGGCACGCAAGCCUUCGCUACCAUCCAAGGAAGCUCCGGUACCUGAUGCAAACUACUUCAAUGAGCAGUUCAAACCAGAUCUGUCUGACUCACGUCUGAAGUUGGGCUCUGCUGCCCUUCGCUCUGCAGUUGCAGGUGCAACCAGUCCUACCAAGACAGAUCGACCAUCUGUAGAUCGACUUUCCUCGCACAAUUCGAACCUCGCUUCCAAUACUCAAACCUCAUUGUACCAUCACACUUCGUUGGCGAUGGAUCCAAUGGCUUCCACCUUCACCCCGUCCUCCUCCUUGUACAGCUCAGGUCUUGAAGUCCCAGAUGCUACGAUGUCGAGCUCGUACCAUCCUGACCCUACAGCGAUCAACCAGUCAUUAUGCCUAGCUUUGGCAAAUGAGCAGCAAGCACAUAAUGCGACCAGAUUGGCACUUGAAAAGGAGAGCCAACGGUGUUUGCAACUAGAAGGGCAGAUCGAGGAGAACCUACAGACGAUCAAGAGGCUGAACACCACUGUUAAUAGCCUUGGAGCCAUUAUUAAACAUAACCUCAGUAAAGAAAACGAAGCACAUCACACUGACGGAAACAAGAAGGGCACAGCAGAAAGUAACCAAGAGGAGGCCGAUCUGAAAGAAUUCUAUCGAGAUCAUUCACGCCUUCGUAAGGAUCAUGAAAGUGAGAAGACAGAAGUGAGAGAUAUGAAGGAUAUGGAGCGACAGUAUCCAGGUGGCAAAGAGCAACAUGGUUUGGCAGGUAUCGUUGCUGUCGCCGAAACAGUCGUCGAUGAGGUGCAGCUCUUCAACUUGGAGUUACUGAAGAGUCCCAAUUUCGGUCCAGGUCCCUCUCCCGAGUCUGCUUUGCGUAACACCUUGAGAAAGCACUUUGCGAUCACCGACACCUCAGUACAAACCACAACAAAGACUCCCACAAAGACACGUGUGAAUGCGAACAAGCUCAUCGAUCUAUCUCCAGAGUCUCCGGAGGAUAGCAACGAGAUCAUGGCUCGCGACAUCCCUAAGCUUCAAGAGACACCAAGUGGCAAGAAAGGCUGGAAUACCCUCUUGACAGCGGAAACCCCAGUCCUUGAGUUGCCCGCCUCAAUCGUUGCAAAGUACUCCAGAAAACCAGCUGUCGAAGCAGCAGUUAUCUCAGAUCAGGUUAGAAAGAAACAAAAUGCGACAAACAAUCAAGGACCGGCUUGCGGACUCGAAUCAUCGAAGACAACUGUCGAAGUCGUCAAUGGGUGCGGCGUGAUUAGCGAGGGACGUGAGGGCCGUGCAGUCGCCAGAGGCACAAUGGCUGAUACUACUGUCAGACGUAUCACUGUAAAGAUUCCUGAAAAUUUUGAUGGCCAACCCAAAUGGUUGGUCAACAAGGAUAAUCCGCUUUUCGAGACAGAAGAUGAGAUGUGGCAGGUUUGCGCCCACGCCUUAUCUGGUUGGGUCGACAAUAGCCCUUUUCCUGCUUUCCCCAUUCGUUACCUCCCUGAACAAGCAGUUGGUUCGUCCAACGCAUAUCGCACUGUCAUGGUCGACGACAUACCCGUCGGAUCCACUCUGAAAGACAUUCUCACCAUUGUUCGCGGUGGAACCAUCGAAUCCGUAUUGCUCGUUGGGCCUAUUGGACGAGCCAACCCGUACAUGACGGCGCAAGUUAUUUUUGUUCAUGAGUCGGCAGCUGAUGGAAUGUACAAGAGACAAGAAAAUUCACCCUUCAUCAUCAACGGUUCCGCGGUUCGUACUUGGAAGCCGAUGGAUCCAACAUAUCCUAGCAGUCGUCAGGUCACCGAAGCCAUCUUUGGUGUUGAGGAAGCAACACGCAUCGUGCUGAUUGGCAACAUAGAAGAGACUGAGUUUGCGAAGAUCCAACCCAAGCUGCGACGUGUCAAUCUUGACCGAUACGUGAUUGAGUACAGCGUCACUGAGGACGGUUUCGGCUCUAUUGAAUUUCCCAACGUCCAGAUGGCGCUCAAGGCAACUGCGGAAUUGAAGAGGGAUCGCGACUUCGCUAACGCUAUCUUCAACUAUGACGAUGAUUACACUCGAGAAAGCUACUAGUUGGAUAACGAAGCCAUGGCGACGGGGCUUGCAGACAUCAAGGGGAUCUUCGAGCUUGCAAGGAAGAAAACAACUAUCACUAUUCCCAUCCUCGAUCGACAAUUGACAAUUUACGUGAAAGCAGAAGACGCACACCAACGAUUCAAAAAGACCAAAAACAAAGAAAAGGAAAAAAACAAUCGCAUACAAAAUAAAACGAUUGAAGCCUUAAUGUGUUUGAUAUUCAGGAAUAAUCACCAUGGGGAAACUGCAAUGGCAUGAAAUGGCAACCCAAUCCAGAGAACUUCGCUCGCAGCAAUGGCAAUUAGAGAGACGUCUCGAAAGGGUAGUGGCAAAGGAUGGGUACCUGAGUUUCAACACGGCACAUUCACCGCAAAUCGCGGAAAGAAACAAAAAUAGGCAUGAGAAUCACAUGGAUAGUGCUAGCAUACAAAAU